AUGAAGGAUACUCGCCGCCUCCCAGACUCUUGGACCGCUGUCGCCGUGCACGAUGGCCCCUCGGACCAGAUCACCCACCAUCACUACGUGACGCAUGCGAAAUGGUCUCGGGCUUAUGAAUCCUCUCACGAUGCCCAUGACGCCGGGGCAGGCGUCGCAAAGCGCGGCUGGCCCGUGUUUAGAAAGCCCAGUCUACCACUUGCAUCUAUCCCAACUGAAGAACGGCCAUUGAUGAGGUCAGAAAUUACGACAGGAUCAGAAUCAGAAAUAACAGGAUCGGAAUCAAACCAGCCCCAAAUUGAUGUCCCAGUGCUAGAGCCUUGUCUUCCCUUUACAGACAAAUAUGGUCGCUGCCUGGACAUCCUACACUACGGCACCAAUAGUACAGUCCGCUUACAUCAAAACAAGACAUCCAUAUCUCCAAAACCCAGCUCUAUCUCUGACUCAAAAUCAAAAUCAAAAUCUUCUCACCUCGUCGCUGUCAAAGUCUACCGAUACAAUAUCUUCAACUCAUCACAUCAUAAUACACCACAUGCGGAUGCAUUCACACCCUCCUCCUUCUCCUGCUCUGAAUCAUCCAUCUCAAGUCUCCACCCCACCCAUCCAAACAUCCUCUCAAUAAUCGACCUUCUCCACAACGAACGUCAAGAGCUCUGUCUCGUCAUGCCCUUCUGCGCAGGCGGAGAUCUUCACGAACUCAUCUCCCGCUCCGGCUCAACUCUCCCAAAAACAGAAGCAGACUGUAUAACAGCUCAAAUCCUUCGCGCGCUCUCAUUCCUCCACGCUCAUGAUACAGCGCAUCGCGACAUCCGUCUCGAAACAAUUUUGCUUACAGAGCACGGCGCAGUAAAGCUCGCUGGCUUUGGUGAUGGCCAUAUUCGUCGUUUAUGGUCUACCUGUGCUACAGCUACAGCUACAGAUGAAUCUUUUCGUCCUCGUUCACACUCUUAUCCUUCAACCUCAACUUAUACUUCAACUCCAUCUCAUUCUUCAUCUUCGGCUCCCUGGUCAUUCUCACUACCCUGGCUAUUCGGUUCUUCAUCUCGUACACCUCCCACCAAUGCAAAUAUCUCCCGCCCAAUAGACGUGGCAAAUACCUGUUCCACGGCCUCCUUUCCAGGUAUGAGUUUACCUUAUAUUCCUCCUGAAGGAUUCAAGUGUCGCUCCCAUACUGCGCAUACUGCGUCCAAAUUACGAGAGCACUCAGAUGAAGAGGAUAAUGAUCCUCGUCCGGCGGAUAUCUGGGGUACUGCUAUUAUUUACUUAGCGCUUAUUACGGGGCGUUUGGCGUGGAGGACUGUGAGGCCGAUGGGUGAGGAUCCGCGGUAUUUGGAGUAUUUGAAUGGGAGGAGGUCUGAGGAUGGGUAUCCGCCUAUUGAGGCGUUGGGGAGGAGGCGACGAAAUGCGAUUUAUGGAAUGUUACAUCCUGUUGCUAGGAAGCGGAUUACUGCGGUGCAGAUGUUGGAAUCUGAAUGGAUAAGUCGGGUUGAGGUUUGUGAGGCUGGUGAAGUGGGGUACUGA